CUGCAGCUGCGGCGGCCCGGCCCGUUGGGGCCGCUGCUGGGCCCGGCGCCGCGCCGCUACCGACACAAGAAGAAAUGGGCUGCCACUGCGCCGCGCGUGCCGUCCACAGCGCUGGCGCUGCAGAACUUCGACAUGAACUACAGCCUGCAGCUCGGGGAGGCCUGGCCUUCCGUGCGGGCCAGCCUGCUCUCCGAGCAGAAGUACGGCGCCCUGGUCAACGGUUUCGCCGACGUUGAGCGCGUCACCCAGGAGCUGGAGCUGGUGAAUGCUGUGGAUUUCGUUUCCCAAGGCCUCCAGAAGGCGCAGGGCUUGCAGCAGGGCUCCAUUGUGGAACCAGCCGUGGGGGAGCAAAGCGCGUCCCAGGAAGCGCCCAGCGAGCGCCAGGCUGCAAAACUGCCGCCACCUUCAGCCCUCGUCACCCCCAAUGUCAAGUGCUACACGUUCCCCAGAGGGGAUAUCACCCGCUUCCGUUCGGCACGGCCAGACGUUUUGGGCAUCCUCAACUAUUACCUCCUGGAUGCAGCCUCUCUUUUGCCUGUUUUGGCACUUAACAUUCAACCUGAUGACUCUGUCCUUGACCUCUGUGCAGCUCCAGGUGGCAAGACUCUGGCCAUCCUGCAGACGGGGCUCUGUAGGCAUCUGGCAGCCAAUGAUAUCUCCAUUUCUCGCACAAAAAGGCUGCAGCAGGUUCUCAAUAGCUACGUCCCCAAGCAAGUCAGGGAAACUGUGUGUAUCACUUCAUGGGAUGGAAGGAACUGGGCAGAACUGGAGGCUGGAACUUUCCAUAAGGUCCUUGUGGAUGUGCCCUGCACGACUGACAGGCACUCCGUCAUGGAGGAGGACAACAACAUCUUCCACAAAAGGAGAUCCAAGGAGCGUCAGAUGUUGCCAAUGCUGCAGCUGCAGCUGCUGGUGGCUGGGAUCCUUGCUACCAUGCCAGGAGGAGAAGUUGUUUAUUCCACAUGCUCCCUCUCUCAGCUGCAGAAUGAGUAUGUGAUGGAGAGAGCCAUAGAAAUUGCACAAACCGAGUACAACAUUGGCAUCCACGUUCAGGACUUGAGCUACUUCCGGACGCUCUUCCAGGAUACAUUUUCUUUCUCCUCAGACUGCAGGCUGGGGGAGCUUGUUCUCCCUCACCUUACAGCCAACUUUGGACCAAUGUACUUCUGCAAGUUACGUCGAGUGUAGAGGGAAUGACAGACCUCUUGGCUGUGUGGCAGCUCCAGGUACCUCACUGUACCAUCCCGGGACACCUUGAAUGCAACUGAACUUGCUUUCCUACUGCUGGCUCUGAUGAAAUAUCCCAAAUCUCCAGGGAAAGCAAAACUGGUUUUGUAUUUA